AUGGAUUUAGGCGACUCGGACUCCCAUGAAGCGGGAGCAAAGCGCAGGAGACUCCGAAAGGGAACACACAGCUGCUGGGAGUGUAAGCGACGAAAGGUGCGCUGCUCAUUUGAAUCGGCCACGGAUGCCACGUGCGUCCCCUGCCGCAGGCGUGGCGCGAAAUGCAUCAACCAGGACCUCCCCGAGGACGCGAGUCUAGCUGGCGACGGGACUAGCCUGAUGGUGCGCGUGGAAGAGCUCCUCAACCACCUGGUAAACAAGGUCGAACACAGCGGCGGCACAGGUAGAGGCUUGCCUACACCUAACAUAGGUCAAAGACCUACUCCAGUUGCUCCCACGCCCGCCAGUGACUCUGAGCUGACCUCGCAUACUGGGCCAACCUCCGUCUCGGAGCGGACUUCGUGUACUGGGCAGACCUCGUAUACAUCCGGGAAUUUUGACUCACCAGAGAAGCUUGCCCCAGAAACCGGAGACGCCGAGGCGGGAACUUCAGCAACAACCACCGAACCCCUCGGCUGUCAAACGGGCACACGGGUCCGAGUUGUGCAUCCAUAUACAGGAAAAUACGAAAAGGUAUCACAGGCUCUCGUUGCAGCAUUUCCAGCCCAAAGGGACAUUGACAUUCUCCUUGAAACUGGCCGCAAAAUGCCUAUGCUGUGUGGGCAUUUACGCAACAAACUGGGUAGUGGAAGAGCCGAUAGACCUCCUAACCUGAAGAAGAUUCCUAGUACCCGCACUCACCCGGUCUUGUUGGCCAGGCAAAUGCUGAUAUUUGCUACCUUUCUAUUGUACGUUUCGGUCUAUGAGAAACUAAGGGGCCUAUCGGAGCACCAUCGCUGCAUCAGAGAACGUCUGGUGGAUACUGCAACUAGUCUGGUAACCACCAAUGAAGAGUUGUUUGGGACAAUAGAGAGCCUCGAAUGCAUGGUAUACGAGGGUUUCUAUCAUUUGGAUUACGGAAAUAUCUGGCGAGGCUGGCUCGCAUUCCGAAGGGCGAUGGGUGGUGCGCAACUCAUGGGUAUCGAUCGCCCACGCAGUCCCUCGGUGAAGAUACUCGAUCCCGAAACUGACAUCAGCCCGCAAGCCUUGUGGUUUCGGAUUGUCUAUAUGGACCGCUUCCUCUCACUGAUGCUUGGCUUGCCCGCAGGCAACUUGGACUUGGGUAUUCAGCCCGACCCUACCGUGCCAUGUUACUCCGCGACCGUGCGGCUCGAACUGGUUCACGCCACAAUAUCGGCCAAAAUACUGGAGCGCAAUCGACUCAAUAUGUCGCAGAGCGCGAUGGAUAUGACACUAGACAUCGACAAGGAGCUGCUUAAGGGGGCUAAUAGCUUGCCAGGCAAGUUCUGGGAGCCAACGAGCUUUGCUGGCCUCGACCAAGGUUCAAAUGAGGCCUUCCUAGAAACCAUGCGGGCCAGAGAUCAGAUAUAUCACUACACCUUGCUCAACCAGCUCCAUUUGCCCUUCCUGUUCUGCCCAACGCCAAUGGGCAAGAACGAGUAUUCCAGGAUUACCUGUGCUAAUGCUAGCCGCCAGAUUCUGACGCGAUUUUUCGUGUUCCGCAGCUUCAAUAACAUUUCAGCUUGCUGCCGCCUGGUGGACUUCCUCGCUCUGGUGGCCGGAAUGACCCUGAUAUUGGCGCACCUCGAUAGCCACUGCCACCAGGAGAGGGAAAAUCUGCUAGCGCACCAACGCAUGGGAGAUCGUGCCACAGUUGAACAGGCGCUUUCGGUGAUGGAAUUGAAUUCCCGGCUCAACGAAGACAUGCUGGCGGCCAAGUGCGCCGAACUGCUGAAACAUCUGCUCGACAUAGAAGCUGACGCCGCGCACGGGCCGUUGUACAGUUCGGAGGAUGGCGGCGAAGCGACCACAUUGUCCAGUCAAGACAAUACCAAUGUCCUCCUCAUUGCUGUCCCGUACCGGGGCACUGUUAAAAUUACCCGGAAGGGGAUCGGAUUCGUCGAGAAGAGCACGAAAACGUCGCUUUUCUCACAGGAUCUCGCAGCUGGCAUCACGAUCGGUGGCAUAGGAUCCGUCAACGUUGCCAGCCCAGUGCUCGGCAGCAACCCUGUUCAGCCGGUUGUCAACGCCCCUACGAGAGACUUUGACCAUACAGAUCGCGAGAUUCGUUUGCCUCGCCCUCCCUUGCAUAACACACCUCCGCAACACUCGGAGAGGUCUGCUGCCCCGGGUACAUCACAGCAUCCAACUGCGGUGGUUGCAGACGUUUCCUUGCAGCAGCAAGAGCUAUAUCCCGGUGUAGCGGCAGACCUGAAUCACUGGGUCUUCCAGGGCAUUGAUACAGCAUUCUUCGACAGUUUGAUGGGGGAAUCAGGCGUCGAUGUCCCCGGCGGGGAUGGCGUUGCUGAUUGGAACCCAUCGUGGCACACUGACUUGAGCGGCUAG